CACGAAUAAAUUGAUUAGAAUAAUAUAAUAUUUUUUAGAUCUUUUUACAUGUAAAAAUAAAAGAAAAUUUCAAGAAUGUGAAAAGGAGACAAAAGAGAAUCAGGAGACUAUCAAUGAACCACAAAAAUCGCAAUUUACAACCAAAAAAAAGAUACUAAUGUACUAGUUUUCCUCUUUCUGUUUUGACUAUGAAGAGAAAUCAUUGAGAGUAAAAAAAAAAUGGCACAAUGCCAAUGGCAACCCAACUUCCGCACAUUAUUAAAGAAAGAUGUUUCAUGGAAAUGCAGAGGCCUAGAAGUUUCAAUAAAUAGAGGCAGAGGACUUUGUAAUUGGAGAAAAAGAUUACAGAAACCACAAUGUAGCAGCAGUUCUUUUCCAGUUUCAUCAACAACAGCAAGGAAAUUAGAUCAAGUGGGGUUGAAGUUAGAGGGAAAACAAAGAGGAGAAUGUUUAGUGAAUGAUAAUUAUGGAUGGAAAGUGAGAAGAAUGAUUGAGACUGAACAAGAAAUGAGGAAAGUUGCUGCUGUUCAAGCUGAAGCAUUUCAUCAACCUCUUUUCUUCUUUGAUGAUUUGUUCUUUGAAUUCUUUCAGGCUGAAGUAUUUUCAGGACUUCUUUACAGACUGAAGAAUUCUCCACCAGACAGGUAUGCAUGUUUAGUUGUGGAGGCCUCAAAUGACACUCCUGAGGUAGAAAAAGAUAUUGUAGGAGUCGUUGAUGCUACAGUGUAUAGACAUAAUGAUGUUCUUCAGUACCUUCCAGGAGCAACAGAAUAUAUCUACAUUUCUGGAAUCGCUGUAUUGAACAAAUUCAGGAGGCAGAAAGUUGCGACUGCUUUGCUUAAUGCAUGUGAUGUUCUUGCAAGAUUUUGGGGUUUUAAGUAUCUAGCCCUACAGGCUUAUGAGGAUGAUUUUGGUGCUCGACAAUUGUAUACAAAUGCGGGUUAUAAAGUAGUUUCAAGUGAUGCUCCAUGGAAGACAAAGUGGAUUGGUCGAAGAAGACGAGUUGUUAUGGUUAAACAGGUCUCAAAUGAAAUAACUUACUUCCAUUGAAACAAUUCAAGUCCUUUUAACAGUUUCAUAUAUCAAAUAAGUCAUUUAAAAAUACCUGAUUAAUUAAUUAUGCAUAUCAAUAUUCAAGUGUACAAAACUGUAUCAAUUGAUCUUCAUUGAAAAGCAUUUCCGGAAUCUUAUGAAUAUAUUUUAAUUA